ACGUGAAUGUAACAUGGCGGAUAGACAGAACACCUCUGGAAAUGAGACGAUAUUAGUCAGCUCUGGUGAUGAAGACGAAGAUGAAGACGUCGAGGGACUUUUUAAAGAAUUUGUUUCCAAAGUUGAGAGAUGUGUAGACCAAAACGAUGUGGUGCUUUUCCUGAAGCUGAAAUUCGCGGAGGCUCGGUCCGAGUUCGUGUCAUCCGUGAAAUUCAAGAAUGCUCUGAAAUGGAGGACGAGAGAAAUGAACAAGUCAAAUGGCUACAUUUAUACUGGAGAUAUUUGUAAGCUUCUCUUGCCAGAUUCAAAGGUGGAUAAUGUUGACGAAAAAGCCAAUGAUGUACAUUUCGCGGGAAAUGGACAAGCAGUGAGUCCCUUCACUCGCGUGGAAGGCGACGUAAACAGAGCGAUCGAACUGACUGUAGUGGACAGUGAACCAGGCUAUCUCACAACAGAUAAGGGGGCGAAACUUCCCGAGACUGCUGUCCCCUCAACGAGCAGCACAAGCUCUAUUCAACCUCCUUCAAGUGGUAUUGUUAAUGGAAGAAUUAAUGAGAAGAAAAGACAAAUGGCAAGUCCUUCGAAACAACCGCUUACCCCUAGAAAACGAAAGAAGCUUGUCAAAAGAAUGGAAUUGAAGCUUAAGAACCUGGCAGAGAGAAUUCAGAUUUUAAAUCAAGCAGAGUUGAGUUUGGAUGAAAUGGAUAUGAGUGACAGUACAUAUAUUCAAGAAUGUCGUCUGAAAGAGAAAUUUAAUCAAAUCUGGAACAAGAUCUGUAGAGUGCAGGGAAAACCCCCCAACACAGGAAGGGUAACAGAGAAAGAAGUCAAGUGCCCAACCACGGGCCUACCAGGGAUAGACCAUGCCAUAAAAAAAUUCAUAAAGAAUAAGAAAGGUCGUUUUCCUGAUAAGUUUGACAUCAGUAAUGUAAUACAAGAAGCAAACAAAAAGUAUGGCUUGAAACUGUCAACACAAGCUCUCAAUGAGAUCAGUGAUGAAGUGUUCAUGUGUAUAGGUAACAUUCUACAGAAGAGACGGAAGAGAGAUUUUAAUUUCAAUUUUGGAUGUCACCUCACAGAUGAUUGUAAUGCCAGUAAUGACCCUGCCAUAAAUGACUUAGCACUUCGCAAGAAGUUGGAAGAAAACAAGAAGGUCAACAAAAAGAAUCUAGAUGAAGUUUUUACAAAGUUUGUGCGCUAUGGACGCAUGAAAGCUCAUGAUAGCACUGAUACCUCAAGCAGCAGUGAUGUUGAGGAGGAAAGACCUGAUAAGAGUGACAGAGUCACAAUGAAAAAGAGAUUCUCUUGCAUUUCUGUCACACAAUCAUCAGAUUCUAGUGAAAAUGAAUGCAAUGACUUUGGGUUGACAGAAGGUAUGAAUGACAGCACAAAAAAGAUCAGAAGGGAGGAAGGGUUUGAUGACGAUGAAAGUGACUUGCAAAACUUUUCCAUGAAGUCUCCUCAUCAACUAAGAGGAAAGAAGAAAGAAACAGAAACUGAGACUAAACUUGACAUGGAAAACAAUACUCCAUUGCAAUCAAAUGAUAGAAAUCUGUGGGAAAACUCUGCUAUUGUUGAGUUACCUACCUCAGCUCUGUCUGAAUGCAAUGAAAUUUGUGUGAAACACAAAAAUAUAGUGAAAAUGGAUGGUGCCUCUCAACCCUCUGUUGUUGAAAUUUUGGAGCAAACAGGCACCAGUGGGAAAGAGAAUACAUUACCUGAUCAGCCUGCUGUUAUAGCACCAGAAAGGAUUAACAACAGUGCAGUAUCCACAAAUCAGCAACCUAACGAUUCUAGCCCAAAAUCAGAUCGUUAUAUUGUCUCUGCAAUUAAGGAAGAUCUAACAAUGGAACCAGUAGAGACUUCUUCUAAGUCUUCAGUGACUAAUAAUUCCCCAAGUCAUGUGAUAUCAAGUGUUGAUGAUUUGUCAUUGCAGGAGACUAAGCCUUCCUCCAGUACAAAAUCAGAUUCUCAUGUUAUCACUGUUGAUAAGGAAGGUCUGACAACUGAACCAGAAGAGACUUUUCCUGAAUCCAAAGAGAGUAGUACUUCCUCAAGUCAUAAAGUAUCAAACAUUGACAAUUCUUCUUUGCAUUUGACAAAGUCUUCUCUUUCCAGUGUUAAAUCAGAUCCUAAUGUUAUCACGUUAAUUGAGGAAGAGCUAGCUGCUAAACUAGUAGAGACCUUGUCUAAAUCUCAAGAGACCAGUACUUCCCCAAGUCAAGUAAUCUCCAGCUCUGAAGAUUCUUCAGUGCAGGACACAAAGUCUUUUCUAAGACCUGUACUGUCAACUAUUAAAGAUUUUGAUGAUAAGGCACAAGAUGUGAUUGGCAAUGUAACUGGUUCUUCUUUUCAUUCUGAUGUUGACAACAGAGAAGUUGUUGCUGGAAAAUCUCCAAAGGAAAAUGGUUCUCAUGAUGAUGCACCAAAGUCCACUCCAUCUAGGAAAAGAAAAGGUGUAAACUUUACUUUAUCACCUCUUACUGUCAAUAUUAAACCUAUAUCAAUUAAAGGUCACAGGAUUUUCCCCAAGAAGAGGAAAGCAGAGAAUGGAUUGCUUGAUUUUGAAAGUCCACUGAAAAGUUUCUGUGAAGCGACUUUGGAAAUUAGAGGAAAUGAGCCAUCUUCCUCUUGUAACCUCCCAGAGGCCAUAAACAAUAAAUUAAAUUUUGAUUGCAACAAUAGAUUAUCAAAAAUUGAAAAGGAUGAGCCUUCUGUUUCUUUUGCAAACAGCCCACCAGACCAAAGUAUCAAUAGUGAUAAGUCUGGUAUUGAAGCAACAGCAUCAAAGAGAUUGCUGCUUUCUUUGAACAAGAUGGGAAGAAAUUCUCCUAUCAAGAAACAGGAAACUUCUGAAAGGACAGUUAUCUCCAUUGUACUCUCAGAUGAUGAUGACAGUGAUUGUGAAAUAAUCAAGUGAAUUUUUGUGGUGUGUUCUGUUUCAAUGUGUUAGUGUCCAAAAAUUUUUAUUAAAGCUCUUAGGUUGCU